AUGAAGAUUAUCAAAAUAAAAAACUGUAUAUCAUCAAUUUCUGCAAAUGAAAUGAUUCUAAAUGAAGAAGUGAUGAUAGAAAUCUUCCUCCGUCUUCCAGUAAAAUCACUUGUACGAUGCAAAUGCGUCGCGAAAAAAUGGAAUAAUCUCAUCACUAUCCCCGAAUUUACCCGUCUCAGAGUCCCCUGUUUCAACCCUGCUCGUGGCCUGUUUUUGCUCUGUCAUUCUUUCUUGAUCAACCCUUUUCACGAAUUCGUUCCCUUCACCCUCGAAAAUCCAAUUCAAUCACCAUUCCACAAGCUCAUUUUCGUAGAUGAUCCUUAUGGAAUCAGAAUCUUGCAAUCUUGUAAUGGACUUUUGCUAUGUUGUAGUUUUCGCGUUCGUGGACCUAAUGAAAAUUACUAUGUGUACAACCCAACGACACAACAAUUUGUUACACUUCCGAGACUGGAAGGGCAUGGACAAAUUUCCAAGGCUGUAAUUGGGAUGAAACUAGCGUUUGAUCCAUGGAAAUCCCCAAAUUACAAAGUGAUUUGCAUUCGUUUAUCUGAUGAAGUGUUUCCUGAUGAUCAACACUAUCAGGUCGAGAUUUAUUCAUCUGAAGUUAAGCAAUGGAGGGUCGUGGGUUCACCUUUUCCAGCUCGUUACGAUAUAGGAUUCAAGUAUACUGGAGUUUAUUGGAAUGAUGCAAUUUAUUGGGAAUGUGCUGACAACUCGUUACGUUUCAACGUGGAACAAGAAAUGUUUGAUAAGUUUCCCAUGCCUAACAAUAAGGAGAGCAGAGUUGCUCAUUACGGAGAGUCUAGUGGACAUUUGUAUCUAGUACUAGUGUGUAAACGUCAAAAGCUCAGUUUCUAUGACAUUUACGAGAUGAAUAGUGAUGGCACAGAGUGGUACGUGAAGUACCAAGUGAAUGUUGAAGAUGUUGUUAACGCGUUCCCUCAUAUGAUUCAACGUUAUCAUGAUCCAACAGACUGGAAUUACUUAGCCAUGAGUGUGCUUUGUGUUGUUAGAGGGGAGAAAGAGGAGGAGGAGGCAUUCAUGAUUUUGCACAUACCCAAAAUGGUUAUACGUUAUAACUUGAGGGAUAACACAUUCUACAAGCUAUGUGAAUUUGAAAAUAAGAGUACUGAAGAAAAUCAAUUUGAGGAUGAAGAUGAAGAUUAUGAGGCCCCUAUUUCCUUGCAAUUUAAUAGGUUUGGUGCUUUCCAAUAUGUUGAAUCUUUAUUUUGUAUGUGAAGUCAACUACUUCUUUUUUUUGUAAUGUAAU